AUGGAUACCAACGAGGGCAACCAAGCAUCUGAUGCGCCCGACGUCAAGAAGAUGAACGAUAUCCGACUUCGACGCCUCGCGAAGCUUGGCUCAUCGACCAGAUCUCCUAAGCCGGAGGGAGAAUCGUCAGCGGACGUCGAGACCUUAAACUCCGCAACGAGCGAAGGCAAGGCUACCAAGGCCUCGGCAGAUACGACGCUCUCAUCUACACCGAAACCCGUCGCCUCGAAUCCCUUCACACAGCUUGGUGUCAGGUCCGCAAGUGGUGCUUCGUCGCCAGCUCCUUCAAAUGCCCCAGAUAGCAACAAGCGAGUCGCCUCUGACCGCACACCCGCACCUGCUCCCGCGAAGAAGGCCUACACAGAGGAGUCAUUGGACGACUUUUCAGAUCGCACGCUCAGCCAUGUCUUCCGGAUCACAGUCGAUCCCGAGCGAGUGGUCGACGCCCAUGGCCACAAGCUUACCUUCCUGCCAGAAGCUAGCCAAGAGCUCCAGGAGAACGGGUCACCGCUCAAGCUGACCACCUCCAUCCUCGAUAGCGCCUUGCUGGAGGCCGUCACUGCUAUCCCCGCCGAGAAGCCUCUUCUUGGCUAUUUGCUACCCUCCUUCAAGCGAAUCGUCCGGACGAACAUACUGAAAGAGACGGUGGAUAAGAGGGAGGUACUCGAGGAGGCAAAGAGACUCUGCGUCAGCAACUCUUUGUUUGCGCUCACGAUACCGGAUCUCUUUGGACGAUCACGUCCCGAGAGCCUGGUCACAUAUCUGCUCAAAGGACAUGAACAGGACGAUGGAGUCUGCCUGGACUUCUUGCGGGAGGCUGUGAAGCGAUUUCCUGAGGAUGAUCAAUUCCCAGUUGCUUUUGCCGAGGCCAUGCACACACUCAGCACCAAGCUUUCGACUUUGACCAUGGAGGACGACUACAAGCCAUACAUCAGUGCUUUAAUGUCAUACACAAAGUUCCCGCCUCUUCUGAAUGCUUUGGCGCAGCAUCCCAACUUCAUGACUACUCAAACCCUGGGUGCCCAUAUUGAGAGGGAGACAAUUCUCGGUCCCUUCUUCCGCAUAUCUCCCUUGCAAUCCGAGGUGACGAUGACGUAUUUCCCAAAUCCCCGUGGCCUUGACCGGACUCGGGCUGCCCCAUCCCAAGAUGCUCUGCGAGCCAUUCUUCGAGUCCACCAGGACGAGCUCUUCACAAUCGCCAAUGCCUUUAUCCGAGCAGACACCGACACCCGAAGCCGUGUACUCGACUGGUUUGCCUCCGCUAUCAACGGCAACCACAAGCGCAGGGCUCUGCAAGUCGAUCCUAAAGAGGUAUCUUCAGACGGCUUCAUGAUGAAUUUGACCGUCGUUUUGGAUCGGUUCUGCUCUCCAUUCAUGGACACGACGUUCUCAAAGGUCGACAGAAUCGAGGUUGAGUACUUCCGUCGCAGCCCCCGUGUGAACAUCAAGGAGGAGACAAAGCUCAAUGCAGAUCAAUCGGCGUCCGAUGCAUUUUAUGCCACCAAGUCUGAAGGCAACUCAAACUUCAUUUCCGAGGUCUUCUUCUUGACUUUGGCUGCGCACCACUACGGCAGUGAGGCAACAAACUCGAAACUCAAGAGCCUGGAAAGAGAUAUCAAGUGGUACGAGAAGCAUUUGGCUGCCAUGGAAGCUGAGCGGGUCAAGGUUCAGAACCAACCACAGCAGCUUGCUAUGUUUGAGUUGACACUCAAGCGUCACACUACCGUCCUGGAGAAGGCAAUUGCCAUGAAGUUUGCCAUUGAGGGUGUUUUCCUGGACGAGAAGAUGCAAGAACUGUCCCUUCGCUUCAUGCGAUACGUGGCCGUGUGGCUCCUUCGCCUUGCCAGCCAAUCCCACUACACUCCAGACAAGGAUCUUCAGCUCCCUCUCCCCGCUCAAGCCCCCGAGGCUUUCGCAUGCCUGCCAGAAUAUGCCCUCCAGGACGUGGUCGACAACUUCAAGUUUGUCUACCGCUAUCUUCCUCAAAUCAUGCCAUCCGCUGUCGGCAGCGAGAUGAUUGCGCUCUGCAUUGCCUUCUUGCGUUCGUCAGAGUACAUCAAGAACCCUUACCUCAAAUCAUCUCUGGUCACGUUACUCUUUUCCGGUACUUGGCCCUUUAUGCACUUUAAGAAGGGCGUUUUGGGAGAUCAGCUCUACGGAUCGAAGUUCGCAAACGACAAUCUCUUGCACGCCCUCAUGAAGUUCUAUAUCGAGGCGGAGUCAACUGGUGCCAACACCCAAUUUUACGACAAAUUCAACAUUCGAUACGAGAUCUUCCAGGUCAUCAAGUGCGUCUGGGGCAACGAUGUGUACAAGCAGCAACUGACGAGGGAGAGCAAGGUAAACCGACAAUUCUUUGUUCAAUUCGUCAACUUGCUACUCAACGACGCGACUUACGUGCUUGACGAGGCACUUACAAAAUUCCCAAAGAUUCACACAUUACAGCAAGAGUUGGAGUUUGGCAACGCACUUUCCACGCAAGAUAGAGAGAAGAAGCAGGAGGAGCUGACACAAUUGGAGGGCCAGGCGGGCUCAUAUAUGCAGCUGGCUAAUGAGACGCUGGCGAUGAUGAAGCUGUUCACAUCGGCAUUAGCAUCGGCAUUCACGAUGCCUGAGAUCGUGCAGCGUCUGGCGAGCAUGCUUAACUACAAUCUGGAAACACUGGCGGGACCCAAGAUGGGUCAGCUCAAGGUGAACAACCCGACCAAGUACCAUUUCCAGCCGAGGGUUCUGCUGUCAGACUUUGUCGACAUCUACCUCAACCUGGGUUCAUCCCAGGCAUUCAUCGACGCCGUGGCAUCAGAUGGUCGCUCAUACAAGCCCGAGAUCUUUGACAAGGCUAGCUAUAUUCUCUCGAAACGCAGCAUGAAGGAGGCGAAUGAACUGGAGCGGCUCGACACAUUGAAGGCCAAGUUCCUUGAGUCGAAGCAGAUUGCGGACCAGGCGGAACUGGACCUUGGAGAUAUCCCUGCAGAGUUCGAAGACCCAAUCAUGGGAGAUUUGAUGAAGGAUCCUGUCAUCCUGCCAUCAAAGCACAUUGUCGACCGGGGAACCAUCGUGCAGCAUUUGCUGUCGGAUCCAAAGGAUCCUUUUACGCGACAGCCGAUGACUGUGGACGACGCGAUUCCUCACACGGAGCUGAAGGAGAAGAUACAGAAGUGGAGAGAGGGAAAGAUCGCGGCAGCCAAGGCUAGGGCUGCGGGCGAUGAUGCCAUGGAUACGACGGAAGGCUGA